UGAAAAAAAAAUACAAGAACAAAAAAUAAGGAUUUAAGUGAAAAUUAAUACAAGAAAAAAAAAUUAAUUAAAUCCGGAAAACAAUUAAAAAUUAUUUUAAAACAAAUGACAAAUGAAAAUAUGGUAAAAGUUGAUACUGUAUUCCCACACAUGAACGCACACACAGCACACCAGACCAUUUUCGGAAUGGCUCGGACCCCCUUGAAAUCGAGCUUCUCCAUCAACAGCAUCUUGCCGGAAACAUUACGUGAUGACUCGAUAAAUGCGAGUCCCUCGCCCGAACCAUGUCACACACCUCUCUCUGGCAGCGAGCAAGACAUGACCGAUACAGAAAGCGACUUAGAUGUCACAGGCACACCACCUCCCAUGGAUUGCAGUGCAAAAGAAAAAUCCGGCAGCGGUGAUGAGGAAGAAAGUACCGAAGAUGGCGAAAAGAAAAAAGAUGGAGAUCCCAAGAAGACUGGAAACGAAAAACCUCCAUACAGUUACAAUGCCUUAAUUAUGAUGGCAAUUCGGCAGUCGCCGGAAAAGCGUUUGACACUUAAUGGCAUCUACGAGUACAUCAUGAAGAAUUUCCCAUAUUACCGUGAUAACAAACAAGGAUGGCAAAAUAGCAUCCGACACAAUUUGUCGCUGAACAAAUGUUUCGUCAAAGUACCUCGUCAUUAUGAUGAUCCCGGCAAAGGCAACUACUGGAUGUUGGAUCCCUCUGCCGAAGAUGUUUUCAUUGGCGGAUCAACGGGAAAAUUACGCAGACGAUCGACAGCUGCUUCCCGUUCGCGUCUCGCUGCCUUCAAACGAUCCCUCAUCGGCCCAAUGUUCCCCGGCUUGGGAUAUCCACAAUUUGGCGGAUAUUCACCCUUUGGCAAUGCAGCAGCUGCUGCCCCACUUCUCGCACAAAUGUACGGACGUUAUGCGCCGUAUGGCAAUCCGAAUCUUGCACCACACAAACCAACGUUACCUCUUCCCUUUGGAGCGCCCGGCUUCGGCAUGGAUCGUCUCUUGCCACAAGCCACCAACGAAAUCUACCAAAGACUGCAGUACCAACAACUUUUGCAACAACAUGCCGUCGCAGCGCAAGCACAAGCUGCCCAUUUGCAUCAACAACAACAGGCGCAGCAACAACAAGCGCAAUUGAGCCCGAAUGCCGCACCUAUUUCGCCGCUCCAAAGACCACCGAGCAAUGGCCUUAUCCCACCAACAAGCAGCUCGCCCAUCUACAAACCGAUCACCGUUGUUUCGCGCAACAGCUAA